GGUCACUGUCACUGAAGUAAGCCAUUUAUUUAUAUUUAUUUAUUUACAAUAAUUAGAUAACAAAGUUUAACCAUGGAGGAGAAGGAGUUGUUCGGCGCGCUGACGGUGUACCGCGAGCGCGGCGCGUACCUGCGGCGCCUCGAGCAGUUCGACAAGUCGCUGGCGGCGUACGACCAGGCGCUGGCGACGCAUCCUCAAGACAUCCGCCUGCUGACGGGCCGCUCGCAGACGUGCGCCGACGCCGCGCGCCCCGCGCCCGCCCUGCGCGACGCCGAGCGCGCCCUAGCGCUGCAGCCCGACCACCUGCCUGCCACCCACAUGCAGGCGCGCGCGCUCUACGCCAUCACCGAGUUCGAGCGCUCCCUCGUCGUCAACCACCGCGGCUAUGAGAAGCGCCGGCAGCCGCCCUACUUCCUCGAGGGCAUCAACCAGGGCCGCGAGACCAUACAGGACUGUAUCGGCACCAACGCCGGCGAUGUCAUGAUCGACUUCUUACCUCUCAUUAAGAAGGUAGAAAAGAAACGCAUCUAUGAAGACCAGCAUCCUAAGUCGCUGCAUAAAUGCCGGAUACCAAAAUGUGAAGCCCACCGCAAGCUCACGCAGGCGCAAGCCAGGAGGCGGUUGAUGUUGUCUCGAGUUUUAGCGAUGAAGUAUUUGGGGCCGAUGGCUUAUGACAAAUUCUUUCUGCAGGACCGACAAGUUGACCCGCGGCUAGACUCGGCCAAUGCCGCGGGCAGUCGGGAGCUGCGGGCGCUGGUCGACGAGGCGCUGCGCUCCCUGAUCGAGCGACAGGAUAUGCUGCAUGCUCAAAGACCGUACUACUCAAUCAAAUUGGCUGAAAGAACAGUAUCGAAACAUCACAGUGAAUUUAUGAAAGCCAUGCUAGAAGCUGAACAAGAGACGUCGACGCGCACGGCUGAUCGACUCAUACAGAAAGUUGAGAACAGCAUGAGACAGUCGCAUGUUAAUGAGGUGAUUUCUCAAGCAGAACGAAUGCAGACAUUCUUAGAUAAGAAGACACCGAGGACUCUACCCGACAAAGAAAAGUUUAUCGAUCGGCUUUAUCGAGCGGUAGGCGAAGGGUAUCUGUUGCAACAUCGCCUGUCCUACUCACUCAGCGAAAGGGGCAACCGCCGCCGCAUCGCCUUCCUCAUGGGCUUACCAACAGGGCGUCCGAGAUCAUUCGACUCCGUCAUGGCAAAUUACCCGUACAAGUUCCACGACCUGAAGACAGCCACAGAGAAGCUCACGGCCACUCUCGACAUGUGCGAAAACUCAACUCAGCGUUGCUGGCUGUACUACGAGCUGUCGCGUCUGACGUGCGCUCAAAAGAACUACUCGCUGGCCAAGUUCUAUGCCAAGCGGUGCCAGCGGGAGGCGGAGGCGCUCAACAGCCCGACGUGGUUCCUGAACGGGUGCUUCGCGGUGAUGAGCGGCGACAUGCAGCAGGGCAACGCCAACGACGUGCGCGAGACGGUGGACACGGCGAUGGAGUGGAGCGGGCGGCUGCCGGAGCCCGGGCGCGUGCAGGAGUUCCUGGGCCGGUGCGCGGAGGUGGCGGGCGAGACGGCGGCGGCGGCGGCGGACGAGCGGCGGGCCGCGGCGGCGCGCGAGCGGCAGCUGCUGCAGGUCAUGGACCCCGCGGAGCGCACGGACAUGCGCGUGCUGCUGAAGCGCAUGGCGGCGCUGCCGGCGGGGCGGCGCGGCGCGCUGCUGCCGGGCCCGCGCCGCCGGCCCAGCCCGCGCUCCGAGCGGCGUCGGCGCCUGCAGCGCGGCCUCACCGUGGUGCCCGGCCCCGACCAGGCCCUGCCCGCGCCGCCCAAGACCGACGUACUCGGCUUCCAAGUUUUCGAUUUUUAAAAGUACUUUUAUUGUGGUUAGAAGUUGUGCAUUGACGAAAUGUUUUCUUAAUUUACCUAGUUUAUUUCGUAUGGAUUUUUUUUGGUAACCAUAACCUUAUCAUGCUUGUCCUACUAUAAAUAAAAAAUAUACGGCAGU